UCAGUAUAAAAAGGGCAGCUCGUCUGAAUAAGCAUCAUAAUCAGUACAACGUUGUGACAAACACCACACACGGAAUACAAAAAUGGCAUUUAAAUUCGCAGUCUUCGCUGCCAUCGUGGCCGUCGCUAACGCCGUCGCCAUUGGAUACCCAGGUGCCUACCCAGGCGCCUACCCAGCCGUUGGUGUUGCCAAGGUCGCCUCUCCAUAUGCCUACCCAGCUGUUGCCAAGGCUGUUGAUGAUUAUGAUCCAAACCCACAGUACAGCUUCAGCUACCACAUUGCCGAUGCUGUGACUGGAGACAAUAAGGAACAGCAGGAAUCUCGCUCCGGAGAUGUCGUCACUGGAUCCUACUCUCUGGUUGAACCUGAUGGCACCCGUCGUGUUGUUGAAUACACUGCUGAUCCAGUCAAUGGAUUCAACGCCGUUGUCCACCGUCAGCCACUUGCCGUCAAGGCUAUUGCCCCAGUUGCCAAGUAUGCCGCCCCUCUGGCCUAUCCAGCUGCCCAUAUCGCCGGUUACCCAGCUGCCCAUGUUGGAUACCCAGCCUACGGAAAAGCCCUUAUUGGUUAAAGUUCGAAGCCCAGCCUAAACACUUCUUCUCUUUCGCUUCCUUGAAGUCAAUAGUUUGAACACUGUUUAUUUAUUCUUAACUAUUUCAUUGUUAUCUAUGUCUCACUUCUCUCAUGCUAUUACUUGUCCUUCAAAUCUACAAAAGGAGAGUUAUCUAGUUAUUCCAAGCUCAACUGAAUGCGUGUACAAAAGAUAGACAUAAUAUUAAUCGUGAAUGUACUGAGUUGAGAUGCUACCAAAAGCAUCUCAAUCUUUGACUGUGUGACUUAAACAAACUGCGAUUAGGGACCGUCAUGGAAAAUUACGGUCAAAUAAAUGCAAUUUCUAUAAAAGAA